AUGGUUCUUUACCGAUUUGUGGUAGGUUGUCUACUGCUGCUAGCAGUAACAGAAACAAAGGUCGCUGGUACAUACUUUGAAGUAGCUCCAAGUGCAUACUGUCCCAUCCCGCUGAAUGUGGUUGAUGAAAAAAGUGUCGUCCGGGCGGAUUUGCAUGCCACUUGCAACCAAAGGCGCCAGGAGGGUGAGGAAAAGAUCAAACAAGCGGUUGAAGCUAUCCGCACCCACAUUAUGAAGCAGGUGGAUGCCACGGAUCCGAUACGAGAUGAGAUGAACAAGUUCACUGCUGGGUUACCUGCUCUGCUACACACGCCUAAGUUGAAGCAUAGUUAUAGUGAGCUGGAGGAGCUUCGUACACGUGUGCUUAUAGCAGCGAUUGAGGCUGGUCGUACGUCGGAAGCGCUUACGCAGUAUCUCAUUCUUGCCGCUUGGGAUCGUUUGCAAGAUAUAGUGGAUCGGAUCUAUCAGAAUACACGCUGUCAUCCGCAGCACAUCGAGAAUCUGCUCGGUUUCAUACGCGCGCUUCCAGCGAGACAGGAACGUCUCGAGUUCUAUCGCUACCUGAAGAAGCGCAUGGUCGAGCAGAAGGACUACGAAUCGUACCUAGGUGCUAUGUUUGCGCAGGAUGCCCGAUCUGUGGUGUUCGAUGCCGAUGGCAAGACAGCCCUGAACGACAGUGAUGUAGCAGCGCUUUACACAACGAUGAUCGACGGUGCGGUAGGAUUCUUCCGAAACGCGCUUCUGACCGGUGCCAAACGGUUGGAUCUUAUCCUGCUGGAUCGUAAUUAUCCGGAGCUGUUUGAUAUGCUAUUCGAGAAGAUGUUCAACCUGACGGCGACAGAUAUGGGCAAGUGGAACUCGUGGAAGAUGAUGGAAGCACUGUGUGCGGUGGAUCGCCCAAUGUCGAAGGUGCGCAUGUUCCAGAAAACAGGUUACUUGCUGGUGAAUCAAUUCAAAUGGCCGAAACAAAAUGAGUUUUAUGCACCGAUGCUGGCUGGUUAUUUUGACUCGUGCCUACCAGAGAUCAAGGCCGAACCGACCACCAAAGACCUGAUCAACGAGGUGCAAAACAUAUUCACUAAGUUUAAACCGCGGGCGAACUAUCAAAGUAUACUGAAGAUGAUGGGUAAGGAUGUACAUGCCUUCGCGGGUUAGUGCGGAUGACCAAAAACGUGUGACAUUUCUUUUAAAUGAGAUAAAUCGCAUCCCAAUUUGUGCAAUGCAA